AUGUCUGACAACGAAAACCAUGCAGAGUACACAGACAGCGAAUCCUCUGCAAAAGCGAAGCGUAGGUUCAGGGAUAGGUCGAAGGUACAUUAUGUUCAAACGAAGGAGGUCUUGUCCAAACAAGCCGUUAAGCUUGCCAAACAAGCUGCAGAACACGAAAGUUUCAUCAACAAGGUGACUCAUCUUUUGGGGGUUCUUGGCUUUGGUGGGUUUUGCUUCCUUUUAGGGGCAAGACCCCAAGAUAUUCCCUUAGUUUAUUGUGUGUUCUACGUCGUCUUUGUUCCUCUUCGUUGGAUAUACUAUAGGUCCAAGAAAUGGCAUUACUAUCUCCUGGAUUUUUGCUAUUAUGCCAAUACAAUCUUCUUGGUUUACCUUCUUUUUUAUCCAAAGAAUGAAAAGCUUUUUCUGGUUUGCUUCUCAUUAGCUGAGGGACCAUUGGCAUGGGCUUUGAUUGUUUGGCGAUGCAGCUUGGUUUUCAGUUCUGUCGACAAAAUUGUCAGUGUUCUCAUCCAUCUUUUACCUGGAUUGGUUUUCUUUACCAUUCGAUGGUGGAAUCCUGCAACCUUAGAAGCCAUGCGACCAGAGGGAAGUGCUGGAAGAGCUACAUGGGAUGUUGAAGUUAAAUCCUAUCUCUGGACGUGGUUGUUUCUGGUUCCCUUUGUGGUUUACACUCUGUGGCAGGUUCUAUACUUCCUCAUUGUCAAUGUCUUACGCCGACAACGGCUUUUAAGAGAUCCUGAAGUCAUGACUUCCUACAGGGAACUCUCCAAAAAAGCACAGAAAGCAAACAAUAUGUGGUGGCGCUUAAGUGGCUUGCUUGGGGAUCAAAAUCGCUUGUUAAUGUACAUUGUUCUUCAAGGCAUAUUUACUGUGGCUACCACGGCACUGACUGUUCCCAUAUUCUUGUCAUAUGAAUUGUCUGUAGUUUUCCAAUUACUGAAGGUUUCUGCUGCAGUGUGGAAUGGGGGAAGCUUUCUGUUAGAAGUAAUGCCUAGGCAGGUAAUUCUCAAGGAGAAAAAGAAAUUAGAGAUGCAACCUGUUCAAAUACAAAAAGAUCAAAUCAUAGAUACUGAAGGGAAAUGAUAGGAAGUUCAACAAUUCACUCGAGACAUCUUAGAGUCCUGGCAUGGAUCAAUUAUCCAUUAAUCUUACCAUACUAACCGUAACGUGUAUUACAAGUUGAGGCUGUAGU